UAUUUAUAACGUUAGCCAACGUUAUAGCUGUGUAAAAAAAAUUUCCAAGCUCAAAGCCUUACCAAUUCACCAAUAUGAUGAACAUGACUGAAACUAAUCAGCUUCACAUUAUGUUCUUCCCUCUAAUGGCUAAAGGCCACAUGCUUCCAAUCAUGGACAUGGCCAAACUCUUCGCCGCCCGCGGUGUCAAAACCACCAUUGUCACCACCCCUCUCAACGCCCCUGUUUUCUUCUCCAAAACCACCCAAUCAUCGAAAAAUCGCAGCAUCAAUAUCGCCAUCAAAGUCCUCAACUUCCCUGCCGAAGAGGCUGGUCUUCCUCAAGGCUUCGAAAGUCUUGAUCUAAUCACCUCCCAUGAAACCGAGAUGAAGUUCAUCACCGCCAUGAACAGGCUUCAACAACCUCUCGAACAGAUUCUUGAAGAAUCUCGGCCGAAUGCCCUCAUCGCCGAUAUGUUCUUCCCAUGGACAACAAAUCUUGCAGCCAAGUUCGGAAUUCCCAGAUUGGUCUUCUAUGGGUCUGGUUUUUUCACAGCAUGCAUUACAGAGAGCUUAAAUAAACACAAGCCUCACGAACAUGUGAACUCCGACACAGAACCGUUUAUCGUGCGUGUCCUUGCACACCAGAUCAAAUUAACCAGAUUACAAUUAGCAAGACUUCGAUUGGAGAAUGAGCAAUCGAAUGAGUUUACACGAUUGCUGGACAGACUUGACGAGUCUUUCGAGAGUAGCUACGGAGUUAUUUUCAAUAGCUUCUAUAAGCUCGAACCUGCUUUCGCCGAUCAGUACAAGCAAGGAAGGAAAGUCUGGCAUAUCGGCCCUGUUUCGCUCUGUAACAGGGACGAUGACGACAAGGCUCAGAGAGGUAAGGAAGCAUCCAUCGACCAACACGAUUGCUUGAAAUGGCUCGAUUCCAAGAAACCCAAUUCGGUCGUUUACGUAUGUUUUGGGUCUCUGACUCAAUUCAGAGACUCGCAGUUGAUUGAGAUCGCAAAGGGGCUUGAAGCUUCGGGGCAAGAAUUCAUAUGGGUGGUGAGGAGAGAGAACGAGGAAGAUGAUAACAAUCCCAAUUGGAUGCCAAAAGGGUUUGAAGAGAGAACGAGAGAGUCAGAGAAGGGACUGAUAAUCAGAGGUUGGGCACCGCAAUUGAUGAUUCUUGAACAUGAAUCAGUGGGAAGCUUUGUGACUCACUGCGGUUGGAACUCUCUGCUCGAAGGAGUGAGUGCGGGGUUGCCGAUGGUGACGUGGCCGAUAUUCGCAGAGCAGUUUUUCAACGAAAAGCUUGUGACUAAUGUGUUGAAGAUAGGGGUUGCAGUGGGAGCUGAAGAGUGGGUUCAGUUUGGGGAACAGAGGGUGGUGGUGGGUUGGGAGGCAAUAGAGAAGGGUGUGAGGAAAGUGAUGGUGGUGAGUGAGGAAGCAGAGGAGAUGAGAAACAGAGCAAGAGGUCUGGGAGAGAUGGCUAAGAGGGCUGUUGAAGAAGGUGGGUCGUCUUGGAAUGAUCUGAAUUCUUUGGUUGAAGAACUCAGAUUGUUUCGCGGGCUUUGAGUAAGUAUGCGUCGAGCAAAGAAAUCAUCCCUUAUUUCAUGGUGUUUAGUUCGCAUAUUAGAUUAUUUACGUUUGUUAGUGGUGGUUGGUGUUAUUGUUCAUGGUGUUUAGUUCUUGUUGGUGCACAUUUUAAUAUUAAAUUAUUUACGUAUAUUUGAUUA